AGGGGCGUGGCCUGCUGCCCGCGCACUAGGUCUGCUUCAGCCGGCGCCGCCCGCGCCUCUUCUCAGUCGCCGCUUCCUCACCGAGCCCGGGUUCGGCCGCCAUGUCCGCCACUGAGGAGGUUGACGGCUUGGGCGUGGCCCGGCCGCACUAUGGCUCUGUCCUGGAUAAUGAGAGACUCACUGCGGAGGAGAUGGAUGAAAGGAGACGGCAGAAUGUGGCUUACGAGUACCUUUGUCAUUUGGAAGAAGCAAAGAGGUGGAUGGAAGCCUGCCUUGGGGAGGAUCUGCCCCCCACCACGGAGCUGGAGGAGGGACUUAGGAAUGGGGUUUAUCUUGCCAAACUGGGAAACUUCUUCUCUCCCAAAGUGGUGUCCCUCAAGAAAAUCUACGACCGGGAACAGACCAGAUACAAGGCAACUGGUCUCCACUUUAGACACACUGAUAACGUGAUCCAGUGGUUGAAUGCCAUGGACGAGAUUGGACUGCCCAAGAUUUUUUAUCCCGAGACUACCGAUAUCUAUGACAGAAAGAACAUGCCACGAUGUAUCUACUGCAUCCAUGCACUCAGUUUGUACCUGUUCAAACUAGGCCUGGCUCCUCAGAUUCAAGACUUAUAUGGAAAGGUUGACUUCACAGAAGAGGAAAUCAACAACAUGAAAACUGAACUGGAGAAGUAUGGGAUCCAAAUGCCUGCCUUCAGCAAGAUCGGGGGCAUCCUGGCCAAUGAACUGUCAGUGGAUGAAGCCGCAUUACACGCUGCCGUGAUUGCUAUAAAUGAAGCCAUUGACCAUAGAAUUCCUGCUGACACGAUUGCUGCUUUGAGAAACCCCAACGCCAUGCUUGUGAACCUUGAUGAGCUCCUGGCCUCCACUUACCAGGAUGUGCUUUACCAGGCCAAGCAGGACAAAAUGGCAAAUGCUAAAAACAGGACAGAAAACUCUGAGCGAGAAAGAGACGUUUAUGAGGAACUGCUCACUCAAGCUGAAAUCCAAGGCAAUAUAAACAAAGUUAAUACGCUGUCUGCACUGGCGAACGUGGACCGGGCUUUAGAGCAGGGUGCUAUGCUGGCCUUGCUCAAGGCCUUGCAGUCCCCAGCGCUGGGCCUUCGGGGGCUGCAGCCACAGAAUGGGGACUGGUACCUCAAGCAGCUCCUGGGUGACCAGCAGCAAAAGAGAGAGGGUGGUCAGGCUGAGCCCCUGCAGAAGGAGGAGCUGCAGUGCGGAGUGGAGGCUGCCAACAGUGCUGCCCAGCAGUAUCAGAGAAGACUAGCUGCAGUGGCUUCUAUUAAUGCUGCCAUCCAGGAGGGUGUUGCUGAGAAAACCGUUCUGGAGCUCAUGAACCCCGAGGCCCAGCUGCCCCAGGUGUACCCCUUCGCUGCUGAUCUCUACCAGAGAGAGCUGGCCACACUGCAGCAGCAGAGCCCCGAGCACAGUCUCACCCACCCCGAGCUCUCAGUCGCUGUGGAGAUGCUGUCAUCAGUGGCCCUCAUCAACAGGGCCCUGGAGUCAGGAGACAUGAACACAGUGUGGAAGCAGCUGAGCAACUCGGUCACUGGCCUCACCAAUAUUGAAGAGGAGAACUGUCAGCGGUAUCUCGACGAGCUGAUGAAACUGAAAGCUCAGGCACAUGCGGCAAACAGUGAAUUUAUCACAUGGAACGACAUCCAGGCCUGUGUGGACCAUGUGAACCUGGUGGUGCAAGAGGAGCAUGAGAGAAUUUUAGCCAUUGGUGUGAUCAAUGAAGCUCUGGAUGAAGGGGAUGCCCGGAAGACCCUCCAGGCCCUGCAGAUCCCCGCAGCCAAACUCGAGGGGGUCCUUGCCGAGGUGGCCCAGCAUUACCAGGACACGCUGAUCAGAGCCAAGAGGGAGAAAGCCCAGGAAACCCAGGAUGAGUCAGCUGUGCUAUGGUUGGAUGAAAUUCAAGGUGGAAUCUGCCAGUCCAACAAAGACAGCCUUGAAGCACAGAAGUUUGCCUUGGGAAUCUUUGCCAUCAACGAGGCAGUGGACAGCGGUGAUGUGGGCAGAACACUGAGUGCACUUCGGUCCCCCGAUGUGGGCUUGUAUGGGGUGAUCCCUGAAUGUGGUGAGACUUACCAGAGUGACCUCACUGAGGCCAAGAAGAAAAAACUGGCAGCAGGAGACAACAGCAGCAAGUGGGUGAAACACUGGGUGAAAGGUGGAUAUCAUUAUUACCACAACCUGCAGACCCAGGAAGGAAGCUGGGAUGAGCCUCCACAUUUCGUGCAGAAUUCUGUGCAGCUUUCUCGGGAGGAGAUCCAGAGUUCCAUCUCUGGGGUGACGGCCGCGUAUAACCGAGAGCAGCUUUGGCUGGCCAACGAGGGCUUGAUCACCAAGCUGCAGGCCUGCUGCCGUGGGUACUUAGUGCGCCAGGAAUUCCGAUCCAGGAUGAAUUUCCUGAAGAAGCAAAUCCCCGCCAUCACCUGCAUUCAGUCGCAGUGGAGAGGAUACAAGCAGAAGAAGGCAUAUCAAGAUCGUUUGGCUCUUCUGCGCUCCCAUAAAGAUGAAGUCGUGAAGAUCCAGUCCCUGGCGAGGAUGCAUCAGGCGAGGAAACGCUAUAGAGAUCGCCUGCAGUACUUCCGAGACCAUAUCAACGACAUUAUCAAAAUCCAGGCCUUUAUUCGGGCAAACAAAGCUCGUGAUGACUACAAAACUCUCAUCAAUGCUGAGGACCCGCCUAUGAUCGUGGUCCGAAAGUUUGUCCACCUGCUGGACCAGAGCGACCAGGACUUCCAGGAGGAGCUGGAUCUCAUGAAGAUGCGGGAGGAGGUCAUCACCCUCAUCCGCUCUAACCAGCAACUUGAGAAUGACCUCAACCUCAUGGACAUCAAAAUUGGGCUGCUGGUGAAAAAUAAAAUCACGUUGCAGGAUGUGGUUUCCCACAGUAAAAAACUUACUAAGAAAAAUAAGGAGCAGUUGUCUGAUAUGAUGAUGCUGAAUAAACAGAAGGGAGGUCUGAAGGCUCUGAGCAAGGAGAAGAGAGAGAAACUGGAAGCUUAUCAACACCUUUUUUACCUACUGCAGACCAACCCCACCUACCUGGCCAAGCUGAUUUUUCAGAUGCCUCAGAACAAGUCCACCAAGUUCAUGGACUCGGUCAUUUUCACGCUCUACAACUAUGCCUCCAACCAGCGGGAGGAAUACCUGCUCCUUCGCCUCUUCAAGACGGCGCUCCAGGAGGAAAUCAAGUCAAAAGUAGAUCAGAUCCAAGAGAUUGUGACAGGAAAUCCAACAGUUAUUAAGAUGGUCGUGAGCUUCAACCGUGGUGCCCGGGGCCAGAAUGCCCUGAGACAGAUCCUGGCCCCUGUGGUGAAGGAGAUUAUGGACGACAAGUCUCUCAACAUCAAGACUGACCCUGUGGAUAUCUACAAGUCCUGGGUUAAUCAGAUGGAGUCUCAGACAGGAGAAGCAAGCAAAUUGCCCUACGACGUGACCCCCGAGCAGGCACUAGCUCAUGAAGAAGUGAAGACGCGACUGGACAGCUCCAUCAGGAACAUGCGGGCCGUGACCGACAAGUUCCUCUCAGCCAUCGUCAGCUCCGUGGACAAAAUCCCCUACGGGAUGCGCUUCAUUGCCAAAGUGCUGAAGGACUCGUUGCACGAGAAGUUCCCGGAUGCCGGUGAGGAUGAGCUGCUGAAGAUCAUCGGUAACUUGCUUUACUACCGGUACAUGAACCCAGCCAUUGUCGCCCCUGACGCCUUUGACAUCAUUGACCUGUCGGCGGGGGGGCAGCUCACCACAGACCAGCGCCGGAAUCUUGGCUCCAUUGCAAAGAUGCUCCAGCAUGCAGCUUCCAACAAGAUGUUCCUGGGAGAUAAUGCUCACUUAAGCAUCAUUAAUGAGUAUCUAUCUCAGUCCUACCAGAAAUUCCGACGAUUUUUCCAGUCUGCUUGUGAUGUCCCUGAGCUUCAGGACAAGUUUAAUGUGGAUGAGUACUCGGACCUGGUGACCCUCACCAAACCAAUUAUCUACAUCUCCAUUGGGGAGAUCAUCAACACCCACACCCUGCUGUUAGAUCACCAGGACGCCAUUGCUCCAGAGCACAAUGAUCCAAUCCAUGAGUUGCUGGAUGACCUGGGCGAGGUGCCCACCAUCGAGUCCCUGAUAGGAGAAGGUGCUGGUGGUUUGAAUGACCCCAAUAAGGAAGUGCUGGCUAAGACAGAAGUCUCUCUUACGCUGACCAACAAGUUUGAUGUGCCUGGAGAUGAGAAUGCAGAAAUGGACGCUCGGACCAUUUUACUCAAUACAAAACGCUUAAUUGUGGAUGUCAUCCGGUUCCAGCCAGGAGAGACCUUGACUGAAAUCCUAGAGACGCCAGCAACCAGUGAACAGGAAGCAGAACAUCAGAGGGCCAUGCAGAGACGUGCUAUCCGUGAUGCCAAAACUCCUGACAAGAUGAAAAAGUCCAAGUCUGUGAAGGAAGACAGUAACCUCACACUUCAGGAGAAGAAGGAGAAGAUCCAGUCUGGUCUGAAGAAGCUGUCAGAGCUAGGGACCGUGGAGCCAAAGAACAGAUACCAGGAGCUGAUCAAUGACAUCGCCAGGGACAUUCGCAAUCAGCGGAGAUACCGGCAGAGGAGGAAGGCUGAGCUGGUGAAAUUGCAGCAGACAUACGCCGCCCUCAACUCCAAGGCCACCUUCUAUGGGGAGCAGGUGGAUUACUACAAAAGCUACAUCAAGACCUGCCUGGAUAACUUAGCCAGCAAGGGCAAGGUCUCCAAAAAGCCUAGGGAAAUGAAAGGAAAGAAAAGCAAAAAGAUCUCUCUGAAAUACACAGCAGCAAGACUACAUGAAAAAGGAGUUCUCCUGGAAAUCGAGGACCUGCAAGCCAGUCAGUUUAAAAAUGUUAUCUUUGAAAUCAACCCAACAGAAGAAGUGGGAGACUUUGAAGUGAAAGCCAAGUUCAUGGGCGUCCAAAUGGAGACGUUUAUGUUACAUUACCAGGACCUGCUGCAGCUACAAUAUGAAGGAGUUGCAGUCAUGAAAUUAUUUGACAGAGCUAAAGUAAAUGUCAACCUUCUGAUCUUCCUUCUCAACAAGAAGUUCUACGGGAAGUAAGCAACCACUUUACGCCAGCCAGAAGGGUGAAGGGAAGAAGCACUGGGGGCCUGCCUUCCUGGGGUCCUCCCCUACUUGGCAGAGCAAGACCUAGCCCACAGCCAGGCCUCCAUCUGACACACUCCCCGUGCCACAAUCCUAACUCCUGCUCUGUUGGGGUAUUCACUGCCUCCUUUUUUUAUAGAAAAAUUGUGUUUCAGUCUGAUGCUUCUAGUCUCUUCACUUUCUUCUGUCACUUAGGAAAGUCUGGAGAGCGUGAGAUGUAUCCAUGUUGCUUUGGGCUUAGGGGUGCUUUACAGUAUUGUAAGCUCUGGUGUCUGUUGCCAUUAGCAGUGGGGAUAGGGAGGUUUGGAUUUUCUUACUUAGAAUUGGAAGCUGUUAACACCAAGAUCAUGCAUAUGUUUUUGACCCACAAUUAAGGUGUCAGGAUAUCUGUGUUUAUUGUCACUUACAAAUGAAUUCCUUUAUAUUCCCAUCCCAUCAGUAAAAUUGAGGCACUACUGGUACCUAUCAUUCUGUUAGUGAAACUUCCUCAUUAGUGGAUGGGAGAGUCCCCUUACAGAAUUCAGCUGCAUUAGUGAACUUAGAGGGUCCACGGCGCCUCUCUUGUUUGAGGCGUCUGCACAUGCAUCAGUGCCCAGUCUAGAUUCCCUGGAAUCUGUCCCACCCCUGCAGCUGUGGUCUGGGGUAGUUCUCACAUAGCGAGCCUGGCAUUGUCUAUCAAAGAGUGCCUUAUUAAAUUGUAGAUUUAUUUCUUAUAAUGUGGGUGUUAGGGAUUUUAAAGGUCUAUAUAAUGCUUCUAUAACCUCUAAAAUACUGUAAGAAAGAAAUGCUUGGUUUUUUUUUUUCAAUUAGCUUAUCUGUAUAUCUGAACUCUUAACUUUCUUAUAGCUGAAACACUAGGGUUUAUUUUCAGGGUUACAAGGAGAUAAUCUCCCCGUAAAUAGAAUUAAGCAAAAACAAAUGAAACUAGCCAACCCAUGUUAUAGUUGAUAACUAGAGUCUGUUUUUCCUCCUUUAUUUCUCUUUUCUCUUGCUUCCUAUACUGUGCUGUUAUUUUUUGAGCUCCUUUUAGUCAAGAACAAAUAAUUUCUAAACAAUGAAUUUGGGAAGCUUUGUUCUUACUUAGAAAGUGGAAUACCUUUUUUUUUUUCCAAGUCGGUUUAUCCAGGAAAAUACAUGGGAAUCAUGCUACUGGGCCUCCAUCUUCUCACAUGUUUAGGCUCAGUGUUCUUUUAUCAUCAAAAAUAAAUAAACUAAUUUUAAAAUUAUUCAUGUAUAUUGAAAGCUAAUAAACUGUCUUAUUAAUAACGAAUCAUGUGAUGUGUCCCUACUACAAGUUUAAGUGCCGCCACGGCAUUUUUUUUGUGAUAGACUCUUUGCUCAGUCAGGACCCUGGGUGCAAGUUCAGUUAGUUUCCUGAAUCUUUUUCUACACUCCAGGCACCCCGCGCAGGUGGAGAGUGAGCUGUGGGAGGCCCCUCAGCACCCUGGCCUUGUCUUUGUUGUAGUUCAAAGAUGAUAUUUUAGUAAACACUUUCCUCAGAGUGAAAGAAGAUGCUGCGUAAGCAGCUUCACCUCAGCUUAUUCAGCCCUUUUCCCUCAAGACUUCUCACCCCCACAGACCUCCUCCAGGGCGGGGAGCAAAGCUUCGAUUUCUUCAAUAGAGUGUCAUGCCACCCUGACUGGCUUUCAUUCCCUAGAUGCAACUUCUGAUGCAAAAUCGCACAGCAUGUACUUACAGAGUUUCGAUAAACAGGGCUGGCAAGAUAGCCCACUCAGCUAGGGGGCUGUGUUGCCAUGGCCUUCAUUGCACUAAAGGAAGCUUCAUGCUGGGGCAUGCUCCUCUCUCUCUCUCUCUCUCUCUCCCUCCUUCCCUCCUCCCUCCCUCCCUCCUUCCUUUCCCUCUCUCUGUAAAAAAAAGUUUUGAUAGAGUGAUUUUUUUUUUUUUUUUUUUUUUACCAGAGCACUGCUCAGCUCUGGUUUAUGGUGGUGUGGGGGAUUGAGCCUGGGACUUGAAAGCCUCAGGCAUGAAAGUCUCUUUGCAUAACCAUUAUGCUAUCUACCCACCCAGAGUGAUGGUUUUAACUGCAUCGAGAAUGUCCAAAGGAGCUCAUUUUGUGGCAUGGGGACCGUGUAGCAGCGAGUACUUAUACGUGUUAGCACUAGCACUCUCCGUCUCAUCUUUCUCCUUUGACCUUCUCUACCAACCCUCGUGACAUUUACCACGAAUUGACUUCCUCCCAGGAAUGUGGACUGCCCAUCAGACUGGCUGUGCACAAUUGCCUUUGUAUCUGUAUGGAAUAAAAGGUCAUUUGUUCA